UUUCUCCGCCUCCUUUCGUGACGUGAUUGUGUCGCAGGGCGGGGCUUCCAUCUUCACUGCGAGUUUCGGGGAACAAACAUGGAGCCGGAGAUGGAGGACAAACCCUUAGAGCUGAUGAACUUCUCUGUCAUGGACUCGCAGACUGCAGACCGCUCCCCAAAGAUCACAUUAAUUAAGGUGAGUAAUGGACCUUUGACAGGCUCUAGGAAGCGGCCGUCAGAGGGAAAUUACGAGAAGGAGAAGGACGUGUGCAUCCAGCUCUUUGAUCAGUGGUCUGAGGCAGACCAGGUGGAGUUUGUGGAACACCUGAUCUCACGCAUGUGCCAUUACCAACACGGCCACAUAAACUCCUACCUCAAACCCAUGCUCCAAAGGGACUUCAUUACAGCACUGCCAGGUAACACACACAGAGUCCUUAUUCUGAAAAUGCCAUUUCUGAUGGAGGGUAAUAUGUGUGUUUGCAUUCAGAUAUGGGAUAAACAGACUCUGGAGUGUUUGAAGAUUCUGACGGGACACACAGGCUCUGUGCUGUGUCUGCAAUACGAUGAGAGAGUCAUUGUUACCGGCUCCUCUGAUUCCACUGUCAGAGUGUGGGAUGUGAACUCGGGGGAGGUUCUGAACACACUGAUCCACCACAACGAGGCCGUGCUCCACCUGCGAUUCUGUAAUGGGCUGAUGGUCACCUGCUCGAAGGAUCGCUCCAUCGCCGUGUGGGACAUGGCCUCUCCUACGGACAUCAGUCUCCGCCGGGUCCUCGUCGGACACAGGGCUGCCGUCAAUGUGGUCGACUUUGACGACAAGUACAUUGUCUCUGCCUCUGGGGAUCGGACCAUAAAGGUGUGGAGUACAAGCACCUGUGAGUUUGUUCGGACACUAAACGGUCACAAGCGAGGAAUUGCCUGCCUGCAGUACAGAGAUAGACUCGUGGUCAGCGGCUCCUCAGACAACACCAUCAGGCUGUGGGAUAUCGAGUGUGGAGCUUGUUUGCGGGUUUUGGAAGGGCACGAGGAGCUUGUUCGCUGUAUUCGCUUUGAUAACAAGCGGAUCGUGAGUGGAGCGUAUGACGGGUACGCCUGUGUCUGAUUAGUUCAAAAUUGAAGGAAGUUUUAUUGUCUUUUUUUGCAUUGCAGUGCAAUGAAGAAUAACAGAAUGUGGAAAAACUAUUUUUGCAACCGU